CAUUGAGAUAAAAAGGCCUGAGCCUGAGGCCUUCUUCUUUUUCUAAAAUUAUUUUGUUUUUGUUUUGGAAAAUGGCUGGUUCAGCUUUGAGACGUCUUAUGGCUGAAUAUAAACAACUUACCUUAAAUCCUCCAGAAGGCAUCAUAGCUGGUCCAAUAAACGAGGAAAAUUUUUUUGAGUGGGAAGCACUAAUUACUGGACCAGAUGGUACCUGUUUUGAAGGAGGAGUUUUUCCUGCAAAACUCAUUUUCCCCCCAGAUUAUCCUCUAAGCCCACCAAAAAUGCAGUUCACAUGCGAAAUGUUUCAUCCAAAUAUAUACGCAGAUGGCAGAGUUUGUAUAUCAAUCUUGCACGCUCCGGGCGAUGACCCGAUGGGUUAUGAGUCCAGUGCAGAAAGAUGGAGCCCCGUUCAAAGUGUAGAGAAAAUACUUCUAUCCGUCGUCAGUAUGCUGGCAGAGCCGAACGAUGAAAGUGGAGCCAACGUGGAUGCAGCAAAGAUGUGGAGAGAAGACAGGGAAGAGUUCAACAGGAUAGCGGAGAGAAUCGUUAGAAAAACACUGGGAAUUCCCACAUAAUCCUCUAGUGUAAACUGUAUAGCGAUCAUUUACCAUUUGUUUGUAUGUGAGUUGAAUUUUCAGAGUAUUUUUUAUAAAUUAUUAUCAUUGUGUAUGUCUCGUUUGUGAGGGUUUAUUAAACUAUGUUAUUUAUUGUUUUCA